UCCAUCUGAAUUGACGCCAACGCACAUCCCACUCAUUUAAAAAGUAAAUAUGAACACCGUCUCUCUUAGACGCGGUUCGUGAACAGAUUCUUUAGUAUGUACCUAUAUAAAUUCAUGUCGGGAACUCAUCAUGUUACGAAUCGAAACCCAGUCACCAAUUCUCAACACUUAGAGUACAGUACUAGUGGACAGCUUGUGGUUCAAGAUUGAUAUAUAGCAAUUACAAACAUACCUUUCAUCCUUUCUUCAUUUACUGCUUCACGAGAGAAAUCUGUUAGCCAUUUUGGCCAGCAUGGACAUUGUUGUCAUCGACCUGCCACUGGAAACGGAACUGAGGUUAUCAAGCAAGAAAAGAUGGCGUCUUGCCCUUUCUAUGAUCAAAUGUUUGAAUGCAUUCCGCCAGUAUUCUAAACAAAAUCACAGUGCCAAGCUCCUCGAAGCUCCAUUAUCUUACAGAUAUCUUCUCAAGAAUCCCGACAGGAAAGUGUCUCCUGAACAAUCUGACAGAUUAUCCAUUGACGUGGAUGAUGAUGAUGAUGAUGAAGAACACCCUCGUUGUUUCCAGAAUCUUGAUCAGUCAAGCCUUGCAAAGAUUGUCAAGGAGAAAAGGCUCAAGCAUCUUGCUAAUCUUGGUGGAAUUGGAGGCCUUUCUUCUUCUCUGGACACUAAUUUGCACGACGGAAUCUAUGGCGACGACCAGGAUAUUUCGCGUAGAAACCAAGCAUUUGGAAGCAACACUUACAGUAAGCCGCCGGCCAAAAAUCUCGUCCAUAUUGUCUGGGAGGCGUUUGUGAUCGCCUUCGCUUGUGCUGUUUUAGAGCGAGCGUUUGGGAUCAAAAAGGAUGGAAUCAAGGAAGGAUGGUGGGAUAGAGGGAGUAUGUUUGUCAACUUCUUUCGGGUAAUCUUCUUUUCCGCUCUCAUCAAUUUCCGGCGGAGCAGACUGUUCGAUAAGCUGUUGAAGAUUAGCAAGAACAUUCCGGUUGAGGUUGUCAGGGCCGGGAGACGGCGGCAGGUUUCCGUCUUCGAGAUCGUUGUCGGAGAUAUUGUCUGCUUGAAGAUCGGAGAUCAAGUCCCGGCGGAUGGAUUGUUGGUGGAAGGGCACUCAUUGAAGGUCGAUGAAUCGAGCCUGACCGGCAAGAGUGAUCACGUAGGGAUCAAUCAUUAUCGGAAUCCGUUCCUCAUGUCCGGGACGAAAGUGGCUGCCGGACAUGGCAGAUUCUUGGUAACUUCUGUCGGCAUGAACACCGCCUGGGGCGCCAUGAUGACCAAACUCACCACCGAUUCCGACCUAAAUAUUUUUAAACCUAGGGAUGUGAACCGUAUGGGAAAAUGCUCUGUCGUGCAGCCGGAGGCCACCACACUGCCAUUUCACGGCAGCAGCCUCAGGCCACCUCAUUUCGCUGCUUCUUCGACGUAAGCUGCUCGGUCGCAGCAGGUGCGACAGCAUAUGUAGCCGUCCUCCUUUCAGCGGAUGGCCAUUUCUUGGCGUCAACAAAUGGCGUACUCCCUCAUUGUGCGAGCCCUCUUACGGCCAGAGGCCUUAGCUUGCAAAGACGUCCUAUCGUGAUGCUUCUAGGGUUGCUUUACACACUGAUUGCUCUGUUCUACACCGCUAUAUCACUCUUACCAAGCCUAGAUCAUAUGCUGGAAUUGUGAUUGAUGAUUGUUUACGUUUAAUUAUUUCGGUGUCCUUUAUUUUUGGUUCCUAGACAAUCAAAUGUGAUUUGCUCAUACUUUAGCUUCUAAAGUUUCUAAUUUGUACUGAGACUCUGUCUCGCUAGACUUUG